AUGGAUUUGGUAGCUAAGGAGACAAUUUUCCUCACUUUGUUUCUCAUUGCUUUAUCCUCUGUGGAGUCUGUUGUGAGUAUUAGACAGUGGCAAUUGUCUGGCCAGCCAUUGGGAGAUGAGCAUCUUGUAACUAAUUUGCCUGGCCAGCCAGAUGUGAACUUCAGGCACUACGCUGGCUAUGCUACAGUGAAUGAACAGAAUGGACGGGCACUGUUUUACUGGUUCUAUGAGGCCACUACUCAUUCUGAUAAAAAACCUCUAGUCCUGUGGCUUAAUGGAGGUCCUGGGUGCUCAUCUGUAGGAUAUGGAGCAACACAAGAGAUUGGCCCUUUCAUAGUGGAUGCCAGUGGCAAUGGACUUAAAUAUAAUCCUUACUCUUGGAAUACAGAGGCCAAUAUGUUAUUCCUGGAAUCUCCAGUUGGAGUUGGUUUUUCAUAUUCAAACACAACUAGUGAUUAUAACAUACUGGGAGAUAAUUUUACGGCAAAUGAUGCCUAUGCUUUCCUGCACAACUGGUUUCUCAUGUUUCCAUCAUAUAGAAAGCGGGCAUUUUACAUUGCAGGAGAGAGCUAUGCAGGAAAAUAUGUUCCGGAGCUGGCUGAACUUAUAGAUGAAAUGAAUAAUGAUCCUUCCCUUUACAUAGACCUCAAGGGUAUUCUGUUGGGAAAUCCUGAAACAAAUGAUGCUGAGGACUGGAAAGGUAUGACGGACUAUGCUUGGAGCCAUGCUGUCAUAUCAGACGAAACUCAUAAGAUAAUCAGAAAAAGCUGCAACUUUGACAGUAACGACACAUGGAGUAACAAAGAUUGUAAGGAGGCCGUUGAUGAAUUACUCAAUCAGUACAACGAGAUAGAUAUUUACAGCCUCUACACCUCAGUUUGCAUUGGUGAUACAGCAAGAUCAGAUGACAAAUUUACACAAAUCAUGUUCAGGCGCUCAUUCAAGAUGAUGCCAAGGAUCCUAGGUGGUUAUGAUCCAUGCCUGGAUGAUUAUGCAAAAUCUUUCUACAACAGACCAGAAGUCCAAAAGGCCCUCCACGUCAGUGAUGGUCACCGGCUCAAGAACUGGAGCAUCUGCAACUAUAAGAUAUUUGACGAAUGGUUGGACUCGAAGACGUCGGUUCUUCCUAUAUACAAGAAGCUGAUUGCUGCAGGGCUUAGAAUAUGGGUCUACAGUGGUGAUACAGAUGGAAGAGUUCCUGUACUUUCCACCAGAUACAGCAUAAGUUCUUUGGGACUGCCGAUCACCAAGUCAUGGAGGCCCUGGUACCACCAGAUGCAGGUCAGUGGUUGGUUUCAAGAAUAUGAGGGACUAACAUUUGCAACAUUUAGAGGAGCUGGACAUGCUGUGCCAAUCUUCAAACCAAGGGACUCCCUCGCAUUCUUCUCAGCCUUUCUUCUAGGAGAAUCUCCGCCUUCUGAACGAUAA